AUGUCCAUCCCACCAUGCACGACCGGCACCCAUUCCACCACCGACAUCCCUCCCCCCGUCGAGGAAAAGCCCAAAGAGGACGAUGCCUCGCUAGCCAAAAAGAUUGAUGCGCUCACAACGUCCACGCCGCCGCGGUUGCCAAUCCAGCCGGCCCAAUCGAUACCCACGCCUCCUCCGCCUGCCCCAGAAACGGAUGAUGACGAUGCGAGCCUGGAGAUCCCCGAUGGAAGCACGUGCCGCCGACGAACUUGCGGGCAGAGAUACAAGAAGGGCAGUUCACGAGAGGGCGAGGCAUGCGUCUACCACCCCGGUGUGCCCAUCUUCCACGAGGGCAGCAAGGGGUACUCGUGCUGCAAGAGACGAGUCUUGGAGUUUGACCAGUUCAUGAAGAUUGAAGGGUGCAAGACCAAGGAUAGACACCUAUUCAUUGGCAGUGGCAAGAAGGAGGACGAGAAGACGGGCUCAGCUGGGGAGGAGGUCUUGAGCACAGUUAGGCACGACUUUUACCAAACUGCAACAACCGUCAUCGCCGCAUUUUUCCUCAAGAAAAUCAACAAGGAAAGCGCAAAGGUUCGGUUUCAGGACAGGCAACUUGCUCUCGACUUGGUGACGAGCGAUUCCCCGCCAAAGCGAUAUUCUGCCGACGUGCCCCUCUAUGGACUGAUUGAUACGACCAAGUCGUCGUAUAAGAUCUUGGGGACGAAGCUGGAGGUGACGCUCGUCAAGGCAGAUGGGGCGUCGUGGCCGGUCCUCAGGGGGGAUGAGGCGUUGACGGGUGAAAUUUACCAAGUCGGACGUGCGGGGAUGGCGCAGUAG